GAAAGAUUAAAUCUACCUCGGUGGCCAUUGGAAGGAGCUGCGUGGAGCCAAAUUGGAGUUUAUGCCAUAACGAUCUCUUUGGGGGGAGUGGAGGGAGGGCCCCUCCAUGCCAGGGCCGCGAGGCCCAAGCGUUCGGCCUGCUCCUUCCGCAGCCACCCGCUCUAACGUCGCCGCCCUGGUGCUCCUCUGGAUUUUUUUGCCGCUCUGCGUCCCCCUGAGGGAAGCGGCGGCGUUUUCGGAGAGUGAUGGCCGGCCCGGAUUAGGACUCGGUGGCGCUGCAGCUGCGGCGCUUCCUGUAGUAGGUGACGUGAUUGUGGAGGACGAUGAAGCCAGUGGCGUGGCCCAGGCCGCAUCCUCCGGAGAACAGGAGGAAGAAGCAGUGGAAGCUCCCACCCGAAGCGGUAGUUUCAGAUCAUUAAUAAUUAUAAGUACUUUGGAUGGACGGAUUGCUGCUUUAGAUCCAGAAAACAGUGGUAGAAAACAAUGGGAUCUGGACGUGGGAUCAGGUUCUCUUGUUUCAUCUAGUCUUAGUAAACCAGAGGUGUUUGGGAAUAAAAUGAUAAUUCCCUCCUUGGAUGGAGAUCUUUUCCAGUGGGAUCGUGACAGAGAGAGCAUUGAAGCUGUUCCAUUCACUGUUGAGUCACUUCUUGAAUCAUCCUACAGAUUUGGGGAUGAUGUAGUUCUGGUUGGAGGAAAGUCCCGAACAACAUAUGGACUGAGUUCAUAUUCAGGAAAGGUAAAAUACAUAUGUUCAGCAAUGGGCUGUCGUCGCUGGGAUGAUGAUGAGAUAGAGCAGGAAGAUAUUCUUCUCCUACAUAGAACUCAGAAAACUGUUCGUGCUGUUGGGCCCCGCAGCGGCAAUGAAAAGUGGAAUUUUAGCGUUGGUCAUUUUGAACUACGUUAUAUCCCGGAGACUGAAACAAGGGUAGGAUAUCUUGAAGGGAAUAUGAAAUCAAAUAUUAACAAAGAAGAUUCUAAAAUCAUUUCGGAAGUAGAAGAACAGGAAGCUACAAUGAAGGAUACAGUGAUAAAGGUUUCAGUAGCUGACUGGAAGGUUAUGGCAUUUAAUAAGAAGGAAGGACAUCUAGAAUGGGAAUAUCAGUUUUGCACUCCAGUUGCUUCUGCUUGGUUGGUGAAAGAUGGCAAAGUAAUUCCAAUCAGUCUCUUUGAUGACACAAGCUAUACUUCUAAUAAUAAUAUCUUAGAGGAUGAAGAAGAUCUUGUGGAAGCUGCUCGAGGAGCCACUGAAUCCAGUGUUUAUUUAGGAAUGUAUAGAGGUCAGCUGUAUCUUCAGUCAUCAGUUAGAAUUUCUGAUAAAUUUCCUACUAACCCUAAAGCUUUGGAAUCCAGAAAUGAUAAUGCCGUUAUUCAUUUGCCUAUGAUCAAGUGGAAGCCUUUAAUUCAUUCUCCAUCAAGAACACCUGUGCUGGUAGGAUCUGAUGAAUUUGAUAAAUGUCUCAGCAAUGACAAGUUUUCUCAUGAAGAAUAUAGUAAUGGUGCUCUGUCAGUUCUGCAAUAUCCCUAUGAUAAUGGCUAUUUUUUACCUUACUACACACGAGAGAGGAACAGACGAAGCACACAGAUAACUGUAAGAUUUUCUGACAAUAUGAAUUCAAAGAUCAUCCGAAAAAAAGAUCCAGUUCUACUUCUGCACUGGUGGAAAGAAAUUGCUGGUACCAUCUUAUUCUGUAUUAUAGCCACAACUUUCAUUGUGCGCAGGCUUUUCCAUCCUGAUGCCCGUAACCGGCAACGGAAGGAGUCUGAAACUCAGUGUCAGACAGAUAAUAAAAAUGAACAAACCAAAGACAACAGAGAUGAUCUUAAGAACUCUGGAUAUGUGUCAAGGUAUCUGACAGAUUUUGAACCAGUUCAGUGUCUCGGUCGUGGAGGUUUUGGAGUAGUAUUUGAAGCCAGAAACAAAGUUGAUGAUUGCAACUAUGCUAUUAAAAGAAUUCGUCUUCCAAAUAGAGAGCUGGCUCGUGAAAAGGUUAUGCGUGAAGUUAAAGCAUUAGCAAAACUUGAACACCCUUCUAUUGUUCGAUAUUUCAAUGCUUGGUUAGAAGCACCACCUGAGAGCUGGCAAGAAAGAAUGGAUGAGCUGUGGUUGAAAGAUGAAAGUAUUGAUUGGCCACUCAGUUCUCCCAGUCCAAUGGAGGUGCCAUCAUUUAAAAUUAGAACAGAGCCAUUCUCUACUGAGGAAAACAUUGAAGUCAUUGCUACAUCUGUAGAAAAGAAGACUCUGCUUUCUGUAGGAAUACCUUGUGACCAGUCAGAUUCAUCAGAGAAUAAGUUUUCUCCUUUGGAGUUUUCUGCCAUCGAGAACAGAGAUUUGAUCCAAUUGGCAAGUGCACAAGAUAAUUUCAUUAAUAGCUGUGUUAUGGAAGGCAGUCCUGUUGAUGAUAAUGAUCCUGUACAUUCCUUUGAAGUGUAUCUUCCUGCUAAAUCGGUAGUAAGGUUGAGGGAGAGAACAUCUUCUUCUAUUGUCUUUGAAGACUCUGGAUGUGACAAUUCUUCCAAUAAAGAGAAUAAUAUUACCAGUGUGCUUCAUGAUAGCCAUUUUGAAGAUAAAGCGACAAGCACAAGAGAGUCCAAUAAUGAAAACUCAUCUUCAACAAGUUCUAUAUCUAGUUCUCCACCAAGACCAACAACUUUAAGUUUGGACUGCUCUAACAACUCAGUACAAAAACUUUUACCUACCAUUCCAAAAGUGUAUCUUUAUAUCCAGAUGCAACUUUGUAGGAAAGAAAACCUCAAAGAUUGGAUGAACAGAAGAUGUACAAUAGAGGAGAGAGAAAGGACCGAGUGCCUUGUGAUAUUUCUGCAAAUAGCUGAAGCUGUCCAGUUCCUGCACAGUAAAGGAUUAAUGCAUCGGGAUCUCAAGCCUUCCAACAUUUUUUUUACAAUGGAUAACAUAGUAAAAGUUGGAGAUUUUGGUCUAGUAACUGCAAUGGACCAUGAUGAGGAAGAAGAAUCUGUUUUAACACCAAUGCCAGCUUAUGACAGACACACAGGGCAAGUUGGGACCAAACUCUAUAUGAGUCCAGAGCAGAUUUAUGGAAAUACUUAUUCACACAAAGUCGAUAUAUUUUCCUUAGGAUUGAUCUUGUUUGAGCUUCUUUACCCUUUCAGCACUCAGAUGGAGAGAGUCAGGAUUUUAAGUGAAGUAAGAAACUUGACUUUCCCACCACUGUUCAUUAAGGAAUAUGCACAGGAGCAUAAGAUGGUAAAGCACAUGCUCUCCCCAAGUCCCACAGAAAGACCAGAGGCUGUAGACAUUAUUGAAAAUCCUCUCUUUGAAGAUUUGGAAUUCCUUGCAAAACCAGUGAUCAGGCAGCGAUCCCGAACAAUGAGUUCAUCUGGAGUCAAGCAUUCAAGAUAGCUGAGUAAAUAAUUUGGCACAAUUACAGGAACCUUGCAAAAGAACUUAAAACAUUCCUGCAAUAUUCAUAUUCUAAGCUUCAUUUUUUCUUGUCUGAUUCAUGUACAGCACUAUUACCAAAUGAAACUAAGAAUCGAAUGCUUUCAGUCUUUCACAAGUGAAUGAUUUUCACUUCGAAACCUGGCCUGAUUUAAUUACAGUACAUUAUUUUGCAUUUAAAUCUUGUACAGAUGAUGCUUAUUAUGUAAAUGAAACUAAAUUCUGUAUUUUUAUAGAAACAAUGCCUUCUAAUACCAAUAUAUAAGCCUUGAUUCCUUUAUAUAUAUAUAUAAAAAUGAAGAUGAUCUGAAAGGAAGCUAGAGGAGGUAAAUACAAUUUUGUCCCUGGUAACAUAUAAAGUAAAAAUUGUUUUACUAUCAGUUGCCAGGUUUAGAGCAAUAGUGUGAUAGGCUUCUUUUCAAAGAAAUUAAUUGAAGAAAAUAUUUAGAUUGAAUGAAAAAUAUGUUGAUUUAAAAGAAAGCUGCCUUGGAUACAGUUUUGAAUUGUGCCAGUACCAAAUGGGGCAUUUUUCUCUUUUUAUAAUUUGAGGAAUACAUUAUCUUGAUAUAAAGUUUGUGUAGUAAUCAAGUCUUACACAUUUCUCAGUUAAAAUGUUAUUAUUUAAUAAUGCCUUUUUUCAAUGUAUAUAUGUUAAUUUUUAUUUAUAAAAUUGGAAAAACAAUCCGUUUGGGUUGGUAGUGUACAGUAUGCACUUGAAGUAAUUAUUAAGUGCAUUAAACUACUGUGACUUUUUUCAAGUCUGAUUUAAUAAAAUCAUUUCUCUUUAGAUGUAACUGUGUUGUGUUUCACAAUUGAAUGAAAAUAACUUAAUUUGAUAAUUUCAUCCUCAUUUGUAUAUGGUAGCUUUCCAGCACCCUGCUUUCCUACCUCUCUCCCCUGCUGCAUACUUCCUCUGCCCUGUCUUCCCAGACAUGUAGGAAUCUCUCAGCUCCCUACUGCAUUCAUCACCUUUACCCACCUCCCCACUGAGACUCUUCUUCAAGCCAUUCAUAGCAGAUGAAAAAUUCCAGGACAAAAAAGUUAUUGUUUAAAAUAAAAUUUAAAAACAUACAAUAAAUAAAUAAUACAUGUACAAAUAUGCUUGCAACUGUUUUUUCCAGGCUUCAUGCCCAGGAAAUAAGUAAUUGUAUUUUUGCCAUUAUAAAUUAUAAAUCUUUUCCAAAGGUCUGAAAAUUGAUACAGAAGCUAUCUAGUGAACUAGUUAAUUUUUAACAAGUCAUAUAAGAAAUGGUUGAAUACUUGCUUCCCCUUCAAAUUCAAUCAUGUUUUGCAUAUCUUUAAAUUUGAAAAAAAUAUUCCUACCAAGUUGAAAGAAAAUUUAUCAAAUAUUUAUUACUGUAUGAGUUUGCUUAAAAUGCCUACUUUAACCAGUAGAUAACAACAAAUAUACUGCAUACUCAUUCAGUGCCAGAGUGUCUUCCUGACUUCAAAAUCAGAUGGCUCCCACCAAAUCAUAAAUGUGAUUUGCAAAAGAAAAUGGAGCAUGGGAAAAUCAAACUGAUUUAUAUGUAUACAUUGGUAUAUAUUGCUUGCCUUUAUAUGUUUAUUACCUGUUUGCAUAUUUUUGUGUUAAAAAAGGUUGUAUUUAAAUUCUCUUUUUUCAAGAUUAUCCUCUGCAAAUGUAAUAUAGGGAUGCUCAAAGCCUUGGGAUGUAAUUCUAAACUCCUUCCACUUUUGCCCCUUUACCCCCAAAAUGCCAACACCUAUGAGUUCAGACUUAAGAAAGUAACAUUCUGAAGAAGGAUAUAAAAGAGCUGGGAUGUCUGAAGUAGACAUACUCUCUGGGCUGCAA